GUUUAUUUUAGAAAUGGAGAAGUUUCAAAGUAUUCAAUUAGUUGAAAAAGAUGAGCUUAAGGUUUUGGAAGAAGAAGCUUUGUUUGAAGAUAAUAUUUCAGCUUAUGAUAGUUCUAGAUUUGCACUUGUUUGACACCAAGUAAAAGAAAAAGGAAAACUAUCAACCAGAAAUCUGAAUUAUAGCUUAAAUCACCCAUAUUAUCCUAUAUUCAAAUACCUGAAACACAGAAAUUGAAGAAUAAAUGAUCCUGAAAUAAUCAGAUUCGUGAAUAAUAGCACACCAGACAAGGCUUUUCUCAUUAAAAUCUUAUCAAAAAUAAAAUUUUACAGAUUGAACAAGCUAUACUUUGGAUUUGAAAAGAUGCCUCAAUCGACACAAGCGCUUAAUUUAAUACCAAAGUCUUUGUACAAGCUUAUUCCUGCAGUCACCAACAGAAUUGAUUUUGAAAAGAUAAAGAUCCCUUCUAGAUCUAUUCAGAAAAUAUUCAACUCUACUGGAUCAAUAGGAUGACUCUGAUUCCAAUUCUGAAUUUUGUUGCCUGAUGGUCUAAAAUUGUCACCAACAAAAGUUUUUAGAAUAAAAUAAAAUAUAUUUUGACAGCUGAAAUACAUUUCUCUGUGAAAAAGGCCAAGAGUUCAUAACAGUACUUCCUUUAUUACUGCAAGCAAUGAAGGAUACGUCUUUAAACUUUUCUGAGUGCAAAAUUGAUAUGAACUGAGACUGCUCAGAGGAACAGAUAAGAGACAUAUUCUGGAAUAUCCCGGAUUUGAAGAUUAGAUUAAUGGGAUUCUCUUUACAAACAGGUGAGAAGUUUGUCAUAUAAGUUUAAUUUCCUGACUAAGCUUGGCGGAAGAAUAAACUUUCAAUC